GUGUAUCUUUUAGUUGAACUUUUUUUUUUGGGUUGCAUUAAGAUGUGAGUUCUGAUUGGUUGCAAGGAAAAUGUGGGAACUAAAAGGAAAGGAAAGGAAAGGAAAUUUUUUUUUUUGGGGUAAAAAUGUUGUGUUAGUUAAAUAUUUUUGAGAAAGUGUUAGGGAUGUGUAUGAAGAAAUUGAGUUCACCAUUUUUUGUUCAUAAAUUUGAAUAAAUCUUUUAGUUGAACUUAUUUUAUUACAUUAAGAUGUGAAAGAAAUACAUUUUAAAGUUAUUGCUACUCUUUUCGUCAAAUCUUUUAGAAAUGAGGUGGUUAGGCUACACCAUUUAAGGUUUAUCAAAAUUUGAUGCUUCUUUCUGCCACUUGCAGAAAUUAGAUAGUGAAAUUUGGAUGAAAAGACUAAGGAAGGAGAUCUAAUCAUGUUGAAAUUCUACGCUCUUGCUGUCUUGCCUUUGAUUGAUCCUACUCGGGCUCUGUCUGGUUCAGUAUUUGGAUUCCAUCUUUUCAAUGGAUAAUCUAGUUUUUAAAGCCUGCAAUAGAAAAUCUUGUGAUGGUUUUUGAGCUAUAACAUGAAGUCCACAAAAGUUAAUCACCUAAGAAGGGAAAUAAUUGAAUUCUUUAGUAGCCCUGUAAAUUUUUGGGACUAAGGCUUGGUUGCCAUUGUUAUUGUUGUUGCUGUAUCUGGUCAUGGGUUGUUUCUUGGUGGCAGCGUGAUCGAGCUGCUUGGUUGAUGCGUCCAAAUGAUUCUUUUGUUGAUGCUGUUGCUGAGAAUCUGUUGGAUCGCUUGGAGGAUUGUAAAAAAUCAUUUCCAACAGCAUUAUGUUUGGGUGGUUCAUUGGAAGCUGUCAGGCGUCUGUUAGGUGGUCGUGGCGGCAUUGAAAAGCUCAUUAUGAUGGAUGCAUCAUAUGACAUGAUAAAACUGUGUAAGGAUACUGAAAAAGAUGUGCACAAUGAAAACAUUGAAACGUCCUACAUAGUUGGCGAUGAGGAGUUUUUGCCUCUUAAAGAAAGUUCUGUAGAUGUGGUAUUAAGCUGCUUGGGGCUACACUGGACAAAUGAUCUUCCAGGUUCCAUGAUACAGUGUAGAUUAGCAUUGAAGCCAGAUGGCAUAUUUUUAGGAGCUAUUCUUGGUGGAGAAACCUUAAAGGAGCUGAGAAUAGCAUGCACUGUUGCACAAAUGGAGCGUGAAGGAGGCAUCAGUCCACGAAUAUCACCUCUGGCACAAGUGCGGGAUGCAGGCAAUCUUUUGUCUAGGGCUGGCUUUGCCCUGCCAGGUGUUGAUGUUGAUGAAUACAUUGUUAAAUAUCAAAGUGCUCUGGAGCUGAUAGAACAUUUGCGUUCAAUGGGUGAAACUAAUGCUCUCCUGCAAAGGAAUAAUAUGCUAAACAGAGAAACAGCACUGGCAACUGCAGCUAUUUAUGACUCAAUGUUUGCUGCAGAAGAUGGCACCAUCCCUGCAACCUUCCAGGUAAUUUUCAUGACAGGGUGGAGGGAACAUUCUUCUCAGCAGAAGGCCAAAAGGAGGGGGUCUGCCACUGUAUCUUUCAAGGAUAUCCAGAAGAAAUUUGGAAAUGGGAACUGAACACUCUCUCUCUCUCUCUCUCUCUCUCUCCCUCUCUCUCUCCCCUCAGUAUACCUUGGAUGAACAAAGAGUUGAAAAAAUAAAAACUGUAAUAGCUUUUCUUUUUCAUUUUUCAGUGCUUUUUUUCUUUUCUUUUUUAAAUUCUCCACUUGUUAAACUAAUAAAACAUUGUUAAUAAAAUUCUUGAUGAGUUGGUUCCUAAUUGAUUAAA